AUGAGCUUUUAUAUACACUACUUCCCAACACAAAAUAUGCCUUCGUUCACAUGGAAGAAAACCAGUAAACACGAAAACACGAUGGCAGCAGAGGGCAUCCCUUCGUACAAGGAGUUGCUCCAAGAUGAAGCAGAAUCUAACAGAGAGGAUCCUGAUCAAGAUCCAACUACUCUUCUAGCACGUCCGAAGGUGUCAAACUACUUCAUCAUCGGGAAUGUCCUGCUAUUACUCGUCUCCCUUGGACUAUUCUUGGGAUCGUUCUUCUUCUUCAAGUAUGGCCUCCGUCAAAGUGAAAACUCGCCGGCUCUCGAUACCAUGAUGCCGCAGUGGGGACCUCAGUUGAAUAAGCAGCUCCCUUUGGACGCUAAUGGAUCCAUCACACGCCAGAACCCCAGCGAAGAGGUAAACCAGUAUUGGUCCCACGUCACGGACGUCGGGAUGCUCGAGAUCUCCAGAGCGCAGCUCCUCAAACUCGGCAAAAGCCCGGACAACUCGGUGCGCACGCCCGCAUCGUGGCUCGACGGGGCGGAAGACAGCUUCGACGAGGGCGAUGAGCGCUACAUAGCCAUUAUCGACGGGAUACACUUGCUGCACUGUUUCAACGCGAUGCGCAAGAGCCUCUUCCACAACUACCCGAUCUACUUUCCGGACGGCUACCCCGCGAGCUACGGCGCCCAUCUCUCCCAUUGCCAGGAGACGCUGGCCCACUGGCUCAUGUGCCAGCCUAGCCUUGAGUUCAUCACCUUUGGCUGGUACGAGAAGCGCGAGCCGCCCUUCCCGGACUUCGACGUCACGCGCAAGUGCGUCGACUUCGGCCAGAUCCUCGACUGGCAGGACGAACACCGCAUCAAGAACCUGACGAAGCCGAUGUUCGACGCCCUUCGCCCGGACCCUUCUAUGCCGCGCAGGAAGGCGCCUAUCAUGUAUGAUGAGAUUCUUGGUAACACGUGGGACGAGUAUUUUGAUAUGACGGAGGACCUCGCCAAGCACCUCUAUGACUAA